UUUUAUUCCCAAUUAGGGUUUAUCGGGGGAACAAUCGGUUACUCCAUUUUGAUCUGCGAGAAGUGCCUAAUCUUUAAAAAGAAAUUAGAUUAGGGAUUGGGGGCGGAUGGGGAGCGGAGAUGAUCAGGCGUUUAAGGUCAACUUCAGCGGCGAAGGAGUGGCAAAGCUCAGGGAGAAAGUGCAGGAGAAGCUCAUGGAGUUCAUGGGUGACUACUCAGACGAUACACUAGUGGAAUACGUCAUGGUCUUGCUACGAAAUGGUAGGAACAAAGGCGAAGCAAAAAAUGAAUUGGAUGUUUUCCUGGGCGAUGACAGCGAAUCUUUUGUUUCUUGGCUAUGGGAUCAUCUUGGUUCAAACUUAAAUCUGUAUGUGCAACAACAAAAAGCCCCUCCCGACAGAGUGACCCAAACAAGGCCUCUAAGUGUGGAGCAUGCAGGGAAGAAUGAAAUGCACCAUGUGAAAUAUGGAUCUGAUCAAGUGAAACCUGACGUGACUAGACCCCGGCACAAAAGGGAAUGGAAGGGGUUGCUCAGAGAUACAGAAGAACACCAAGCUAUUGUGGUGGACACUACUUGUCCAGAGGUGGGAAAUCAGCCUAAACUUUCUUCUACAGUGCACUCUGCAUCUCCCGAGCUAGAAACUCAGAGGAAAAGAGGUCGGUCUGAAGAUGCUUCAACAAAGAAGAGAGAAUCAACUUCCCAGGCAAAUAUUGCUGCUCCACGAAGGUUGCUGCAAUUUGCAGUGCGAGAUGCACUGGCUACUUCUAGGCAAUCCAAUUUAGUUGCUGAACCAUCAUUGAAACGCCUUCGUUCUGUGGUUUCUACAUCCAUGGGGGAAUCAACUGAAGAUCAUCCACUUAGACUGCGAUCUGUUGCAAGAUUAGCAAAUCCCGAGGCCACUACUAUUAGAACCAUUGUUGAAGCUGCAAAGGAUAUAAAAAAAGUUAGAUCCUCAUCUAAUGUGUUUGAUAGGCUUGGUAGUGUCCCUAAUACAUUCGGUACUAGAGACCAACUUGAGUUGAUGGAUGAUGUUUCUGAAGAUGAAAAGUUUGUUGAUGUAGCAGAAGUUCCCUCAACUUACCAUCACCAAAGAAGUGAUUAUAGUGAGCAGUAUGCUGCAAAAUUGCAAAGUGACACAUGGAUGGAUCCUAUCCAUGAUGACACCAGUUUUAUGGGUCUAAGGGCUGUGGAUGCUUCUCAGAGGCGCUCAUACGCUGGAAUCAACUCUGAGAGCCCGCUGUUGGUUGAACACAUUGCGGGUGAUAGUUCUGAUGGAAUAGUGCAGAAGUCGCUUGUGGAUCAAGAUCAGCCUACACCUACACAUUAUGCUUCUCGUACUUUACCCUUAAAUACGAAUACUUGGAAAUCACCUAAAUACCAGGAGGCUAGGAAUGCAUUGGAGACGGGCUAUAGUAAAUCUACACAUAGUAGUGAGAUGAUGGGAACCAAGCCCAUCACGCCACUUGUGAACGAGAACAGUGAUCCUGUAGCUGUUAAUAAUGGAAAUGCCAAAUCUAGUGCAGAUACAGAAGCAGCAUCCCAAAAGAUACUGUCUGUUGUUCCUGGCUUAUAUCCCACUGGUACACAUACAGAGGAUUCUGAUUCCAGGACAAUAUUUGUCAAUAACGUUCAUUUCGCUGCUACAAAGGACAGUCUCUCGCGGCAUUUCAAUAAAUUUGGAGAUGUGCUCAAGGUGAUUAUUUUAACUGAUGCAGGAACUGGUCAACCUAAAGGGUCAGCCUAUAUAGAGUUCAUGAGAAAAGAAUCUGUGGAGCAUGCUUUAUCACUUGAUGGAACCUCAUUCAUGUCACGUCUUCUCAAGGUUGUGAGGAAAAGCUCUGCGCCUCCUGAAGUAUCUGCUGCACCUUCCAUGCCAUCAUGGCCGCGGGUUUUGAGAGGGGCGCCAUAUAAUUUUGGCCGGAGCCCUUUCCCUUUUAGGGGUGCCAUACAAAGUCCAUAUAGGUCUCCCAGCCCUGCACUGAAGCCCGGUGCAAGGAGCAUGCAAUGGAAACGCGGUGCUCAGUCAACUCCAAAUCAAUCUGCACCUGCCUCUGGCAGUCCCUCUUUUGCCCCUCGGAGCAUGACAUAUGUUCGCACUGAACAGAGAACAAAUGGAACUUCUGAUGCUGCUGUGUAGUUGACCAUGCCAUUGACUUCCAAUCUGGGAAAGCUCAAAACCCCGACACACAGUGCUCCCUGGCACUGUGUGGAUUAUGUUUUCUCGCUCGGUAAGUGACAUCAGCAUUCGCACGGGAAAUAUUGAAUGGAUGAAGGAAGGAAGGUAGGGAGGGUAUAACCGUCUUUUGGUUCUUAAGACAUGCUGGGGUGGGAGUCACCUCCACUUGUUUAUACAUAAAUAUAUAUGAUGGGAUAGCGCUCACUUGCUCUUUUUAUCAUGUAGUUGCUAAUUCUCUUAUGUACCCUCUUGUUUCUUCUUUGGUCAUAUGUGAAUAGGAGGAGAGGCCAGUGGAUUUUUUUUCUUCUUUCAAUCCAUUUUCAUUUUGAUUUUUCUGAGCUAUUGAAAAGGAAAAAAAGAGGGUAGUUGUGAGAGGAAAUAGAGAAGCUGAGGCAUGGCUUGUUUGCAAGUGAUGUCAUUUUUACUGGUCUAAAUAUUUAUUAUUUUCCCCCCUACUUUUGGUCACAUGAAGAUUAUGCAAUUUCCAUUUGUUUUGGACUAGUUUCUGCUGCACUGUCAUUAUA